UUUCCACAGAAUGCUGAUCAGGCUAUAAUUAGUAAACACAAACACGUGUCGUCGUUUUUCUUUUCUGGGGGAUGUUUUGGAGGACACGGCUGACUGACUGAGUCACACAAUUGAAGUGCAAUCGAAGUAACAAAACAAGUCAAGGAUGUCUAAGCCAGUUUUGUAUUCAUACUUUCGCAGCAGUUGCUCUUGGAGAGUAAGGAUUGCACUUGCAUUGAAGGGAAUAGAAUAUGAAUAUAAAGCUGUGAACCUAUUAAAGGGUGAACAAAAAGGCGAAGCUUACAAACAAGUGAAUCCACAAGGAGGUGUUCCUGCAUUAGUCAUCAAUGAUCAUUGCUUGUCACAAUCGAUAAGUAUCAUUGAGUAUUUAGAUGAAGUGUAUCCUGAUCCUCCGUUAUUGCCAAAAAACAACCCGAUAAAACGUGCAGACGUGCGAAGGUUAUCUCUGUUGAUUGCUGCAGAUAUUCAACCAAUUCAGAAUCUGAAAGUAUUAAAAUUUGUUGGUGACGAAAGAAAGAUGGAAUUUGGACAUUGGGUUAUUGAUACUGGUUUUCAAGCGUUAGAGAAAAGUCUAGUCGAAACUGCUGGAAAGUAUUGUUAUGGUGAUGAGUUGACGAUGGUCGAUAUAUGUCUUGUACCACAGGUUUUCAAUGCCAACCGGUUCAAAGUGGACAUGAAUCAAUAUCCAACCAUUUCUAGAAUACAUGACGAAUUAGUUAAGCUAGAUGCGUUCAAAGCUGCUCAUUUCUCGCAACAGCCUGAUUGCCCAGAGGAUUUAAAGUAAUGAAGAAGCUUUAAUUGAACUUGUUAUUGUUGCACAUUGUGAUAGUAUAGUCAUCAAUAGAACUAGUUAGUUACCUGUCGAAAAAGAUAUAUCGGACAUUACUAUACGAAACUGUAUUGAAGUGUAGUAAAAAUAUUAUGAAUCUGUAAAAUGAAAGAAAAUGAAUUUUUAUUAUAAACAACUGUAUCUUACAAUUUUUCUGUAGAAAUAAUGGCUACGAAUCACAUGA